AUGUGCAUCCUGGUGGUGGCUGUAGGUUGCCAUCCAUCCCUCCCUUUCAUCUGCGCUCACAACCGCGACGAGCAGCGUGACCGUCCGAGCCGUGAUGACAGCUUGGAGGAGGACACACAGCUUCUUUGCGGUCGGGACAUCCAGGCCGGUGGAACAGUGCUGGGCCUCCAUGCUGCGGGCGGCGGCUUCGCGGCGCUGACGAACUGUCGCACCACGGUGAAGUGGCCCGAAGAUCAGCGCACAUCCCGAGGACGCCUGGUGGAGUUCCUUGCGGUGAACGGAACAGCUGGAGCAGAGGAGUUCAUCCAAUCUCGGAAGAUUGACCCUUUUCACGCUUUGGCUGGCCACAUCUUCUGCGAUGCGCCGGAGAUCCACUACUUCUGGAGUGCGCCGCCAGACACCGGUGAACAGGCGUCCUCCAAAUGGUCUGCUGGCCACAGGAUUCUGGAGCGCGGAGUCUUCGUCGUCUCGAACGAAACUCCGGCAGGCGAAGCCUGGCCAAAGUGCCUUUGGCUUCGUCGCGCGGUGGAGGACUUCCUGGAGCAGCUGAGAAGACGAGGCGAGAAGGCGAGCGAUGCAAGCGAGCUGGUGAGCCAAGUUCACGCCGGAUUGGCCGAGAUCAUGUCACGGUCUGAUGUUCCAGAACUGAAGGUACCGUCCAGGCUUCCAAAGUGGUUUCCCGAAGCCGUGGAGGAGAAGCUGCACUCGGGUCCCUUUUGCCCCUGGCGCCCAGAUUUGGAGACCUUCGGUACCGUGUCUCAAAGGAUACUUGUGUGCGAUGGCGUCAAGCGGCAGACGCACUACUUCUAUCGCCCGACCAACCUCGGCAGCCCUCCGCAACUUGGACCAUGGAGGUCUUUCCUCAUUCGGUGGCCCCUCCUUGUGCAGACACCGUCCGCCCAGCAAUCGGCGAAGUUGUGA